AUGCCAGCAUACCACUCCAUCUUCCUGGGCGACCAGGGCGUACAGUUAAUAGGCAACUUUCCACUCCUGCCGCUUCGCACGAAAACCCGCGGCCCGGCCUACACUCUUCCUGCUCUGCCUCCAAACGUCGACCCCCUCGACGUCGACCCCGACUCCGAAUCCUACGAUUGCCUCGAUGAGAUCCUGAGCUUGUUCCGCGCCAACACCUUCUUCCGCAACUUUGAAAUCAAAGGUCCUGCGGACCGAAUGCUUAUCUACGGCAUCCUCUUCCUCUCAGAUUGUUUGACGAAAGUGAAACCAAACAUGGACUCCCGUGCGGCGGAGAAAGCCCUAAUAAAUGGCGCCCUGGAGCAAUUCAGCAUCCCUGGGGAGCCAGGGUUCCCAUUGAACCAAGCGUAUGAGGCACCCAGAGACCGGAAUGAUGCCGAGGCUUUGAGGAGUUACUUGAGCCAAGUGAGGCAGGAACUGGCAAUGAGACUGCAUGCUAGGCUUUAUGCAGAUGGGACCAACGUACCGAGCAAGUGGUGGUUGAGCUUCACGAAGCGGAAGUUUAUGGGCAAGAGUUUAUAG